AGUCCAUCUUCCUCCUUGAAUGACAGACUGCCGGCCGCCUCCUCCCCUCGCGCAUGCGCAGGUCGGCUGAAAGGCUGCUGGGUAAGCGCUGCUGGCCCGGCAGUAACAAGAUGGCUGCUCCGGGAGAAUACUUUAGCGUCGGAAGCCAGGUUUCCUGUCUGACGUGCCUGGGCCAGCAGCUGCACGGGGAGGUGGUUGCCUUCGAUUACCAAUCCAAGAUGUUAACUUUAAAAUGUCCUUCCUCCAGUGGGAAGCCCAACCAUAAUGAUGUUCUACUGAUUAAUUUAGCUUAUGUUUCGGAUGUUAAAACAAUUAAUGAUCGCACAGAAACUCCACCACCCUUAGCUUCACUGAAUGUUAGCAAGCUUGCCAAUCGAGCACGGACAGAGAAGGAAGAGAAAUUAAGCCAAGCUUAUGCAAUUAGUGCCGGAGUCUCUCCAGAAGGCCAGCAGCUUUUUCAGACUAUCCAUAAGACCAUCAAGGAAUGUAAAUGGCAAGAGAAGAGCAUAAUUGUCAUGGACGAAGUUGUAAUUGUACCACCUUACCAAGUUGAGAACUGUAGAGGCAAAGAAGGAAGCGCAUUAAGUCACGUACGCAAAAUAGUUGAGAAACAUUUUAGAGAUUUGGAAAAUCAGAAGUUAAUGCAACAACGUUCACAAGCACAGCAAACACAGAAGGAAACUGCUUUGUCGUCCUGAGUGGCUUGGAUAGUCCUUUGCAGAGCCUGAUCGGGGAGGGAUGGGGAGUUUUUUUUUCCUGUGAUGGGGAGGGAGUAGUCCAUAUGUUCUCCAGAGAGAAUCUACAGUGAGCUGACAUUUCCACUUUGAGAAGAGAAUAGACUUUACAAAAAAAAAAGCAUACAAGACAACACAAUUGUAACUUGACUAACUAUAAAUUACCUUUUUUCUUUGUUAGCUUUUAAAAAAUAAAGUCAUAUUUUGUUAUUUUAUUUUUUACAUGUUCAUUUACUUUUCCUAUUGUCAUUACGUUCAUUUUAGGUAGAUCCUAAAUUGUUGUUAGUGACUUACACAACUUUACAAAUAUAUUUGUUAAAGUAACAAACCAGUUCAUCAUAGUAAUGGUGUUCUAACAAGGAAACCAAAGCAAGAAGGUAAUUUAAUUUGUUGUCCCAUGUAGGAGAGAUUUCAUUUUAAGUCCUUUUAUUUUUCCAGAAGCUUAUUCUCAGAAGGAAUAAGUCCAAUUGUUUUUUUUUAACGUCACUGAAAAGUCUUCCAGUGAAGAAUCGUUUAUUUGAUGAUGGAAGAUUUGGCUCAUAAGCUUAUCCUCUGACUGUGUACAGAAUCGGUUUGUCUUGCUAAGACAGUGCUUAUGGAGAGUGGCCAUUUUAAAGGAUAUAACUGUUCAUGCAGUUUUGCAUGUAUCUUGUACUGUACACUUCAUUAAAUUGGAAGAAAAGGUGUUGCCUGGUCUUUGCAUAAUAAAAUUAGGCAGUAACAGUCAUAAAGUCCUUUUUAUAGGCUGGUGAAGAAUCUAUGAUAAUGUAUAUUUUUAUUCACAGUCCCUGUCAGCACAACGCUAUAAUAUAAAUUGGAGGAAUUUAAAAAACAUUUUAAAGCUGAAUCUGUUAUUGUCUUAUUUUGAUUGAAAAUAUGAAAUUAAAGAGUACGAAGAAACGUGUAA